GGGAGGGGAAUUUGGGGAUAUAUAAAAAAGAAGGAUACUUACUGGUUAAGUAGCCCAAUACACAAACCAAACAAUGCCAGAGAGACAAAAGACCGCUUUAAUAACUGGGGCAUCGUCAGGAAUUGGCUUUGCCACUGCAAUUGAAUUCGCCAAGCGUGGCUACAAGGUUUAUGCAGUUGCUAGAAGAUUAGAACCAAUGCAAGAAUUAAAAGACAAAUACGGAAUCACUAUUUUCAAAUUGGAUGUUCUGUCAUUAGACAGUGUUAAAGAGGCUAAAAAGUUUCUCACUGAAGAUACUUCGGGAUAUUUGGAUGUUUUAUUUAACAACGCUGGCCAAUCAUGUACAUUCCCCGCUAUUGAUGUUACUGAUGAAUGGUUUACUCAAUGUUUCGAAGUUAAUGUCUUUGGACCCAUGAGAUUAGUUCGAGAACUUGCACCAUUGUUGAUCAAUGCCAAGGGAGUCAUCGGAUUCACUGGUUCGGUUUCGGGUUUGGUUCCAUUUCCAUUUUCAUGUACCUAUUCGUCCACAAAAGCUGCAAUCCAUCAAUAUGCAGCAACUUUAAGACUUGAAAUGAAGCCAUUUGGGGUUAGAGUGAUCAAUGUUAUUACAGGUGCUGUGAAGUCAGAUAUUGAAGACAAAAGACCUUUACCAGCUACUUCUAUUUGGAAAAUCCCCGAGAUUGAGGAGGCUCUAGUCCUUAGAAGACAAAUGGCAAAGAGAAACAAUCCUAUGGAAGCAGAUGUAUACGCCAAGAAAGUGGCCGAUGAUUUUGAAUACCUGUCAGCUUUGAACGUCUAUAGAGGAACCAAGGCAUCGUACCUUGGCCAUCUUCUUGAAUGGUGUCCUCGAUUCAUUGUGGAAUGGGGACUAAUUAGACAAUUUAAACUUGGUGAUGUCUACAGAAUAUUAUCAGAAAAGUACUCCAAAGAACAUAUUGAUUGAAUAUAUAAGCACAUAUAACAUAUAUAUAUCCCAGUUUCGUA